UGCUCGGCGGAAAAGGGUCUAGGCCUAACAAGCCGAGCAACGGGCUCUGCUGAUGCAACCUGGCGGGACUAGCGUGUCAGCUCCCGGCACGCGGCGGCGGCGGCGGAGACCCAGGAAAGGGCGCGGGUGCCAGCUGAGCACGGGAAGCGGGGCAAGCGAAGCUAUGGGGGAUGCUCUCAGCCCCGAAGAGAAAUUGCAUCUUAUCACCCGGAACCUGCAGGAGGUUCUAGGGGAAGAGAAGCUGAAGGAGAUCCUGAAGGAACGGGAGCUUAAAGUUUACUGGGGCACAGCAACCACAGGAAAGCCACAUGUGGCUUACUUUGUGCCCAUGUCCAAGAUUGCGGACUUCUUGAAGGCUGGAUGUGAGGUAACAAUUCUGUUUGCGGACCUUCAUGCAUACCUGGACAAUAUGAAAGCCCCAUGGGAACUUCUGGAACUCCGAACCAGUUAUUAUGAGAAUGUAAUAAAGGCAAUGCUGGAGAGCAUUGGAGUACCUUUAGAUAAGCUCAAGUUUAUCAAAGGCACUGAUUAUCAGCUAAGCAAAGAAUACACACUGGAUGUGUACCGACUGUCUUCUGUGGUCACACAACAUGAUGCCAAGAAAGCUGGAGCUGAGGUCGUAAAGCAAGUAGAACACCCACUACUGAGUGGACUGUUGUACCCUGGAUUGCAGGCUUUGGAUGAAGAGUACUUAAAAGUAGAUGCCCAAUUUGGAGGUGUUGAUCAGAGAAAGAUUUUCACUUUUGCAGAGAAGUACCUCCCUGCACUUGGCUACUCAAAGCGGGUCCAUCUGAUGAAUCCCAUGGUCCCAGGAUUAACUGGGAGCAAAAUGAGCUCUUCAGAAGAGGAGUCCAAGAUCGACCUCCUCGAUCGGAAAGAGGAUGUGAAAAAAAAACUAAAGAAGGCAUUCUGUGAGCCAGGCAAUGUGGAGAACAACGGGGUUCUGUCCUUCAUCAAGCAUGUCCUCUUUCCCCUCAAGUCUGAGUUUGUGAUUCUUCGAGAUGAAAAAUGGGGUGGAAACAAAACCUACACUGCUUAUCUGGACCUGGAAAAGGACUUUGCUGCUGAGGUUGUACACCCUGGAGACUUAAAGAAUUCAGUUGAAGUUGCCCUGAACAAGUUGUUGGAUCCUAUUCGGGAAAAGUUUAAUACCUCUGCCCUGAAGAAACUGGCCAGUGCUGCCUACCCAGAUCCUUCAAAGCAGAAGCCCAUUGCCAAAGGCCCUGCCAAGAAUUCAGAACAGGAGGAGGUCAUCCCAUCCCGGCUGGACAUCCGUGUGGGGAAAAUCAUCAGUGUAGAGAAGCACCCAGAUGCAGACAGCCUGUAUGUGGAGAAGAUUGAUGUUGGGGAAGCUGAACCACGAACUGUGGUGAGCGGCCUGGUGCAGUUUGUACCCAAGGAGGAACUGCAGGACAGGCUAGUGGUGGUACUGUGCAAUCUGAAACCCCAGAAGAUGAGAGGAGUGGAAUCCCAAGGCAUGCUACUGUGCGCUUCUAUAGAAGGGGUGUGUCGACAGGUUGAACCUUUGGACCCUCCUGUAGGUUCUGCUCCAGGUGAGCGAGUGUUUGUGAAGGGCUAUGAGAAAGGCCAACCAGAUGAGGAACUCAAACCCAAGAAAAAAAUCUUUGAGAAGUUACAGGCCGACUUUAAAAUUUCUGAAGAGUGCAUUGCACAAUGGAAGCAAACCAACUUUAUGACCAAGCUGGGGUCCAUCUCCUGUAAAUCACUGAAAGGGGGUAACAUUAGCUAGCCAGCUCAGGGUCUUCCUCCUCUCUCUCACCGUCCUGAGUCAUCUGGCGUCUCCAACUUGCUCUGUCCAUCACCUGUGUGCCCAUCUAUCAGGACACUGAAACAGCAGAUCUGGAACUGGUGACUAGGUACUGAACUCAAGGGGCCACUCACUUCCCCACCAUCUGGAUCACCCUGUCUGGCUGCAGUGAGAGACUGAACCCUGGGGUAAGGAGGGCGGGGUGGGCAGCAGCAAAUCCACUCUACCUUAUUCCCUUGGCAGCUGACUCCAGAAGUCUGGUUUCAAUAUAACUCAUAGAAAAAGUUUAUGCCACAAUGCUUGUAAUUGGAAAAACAGUGGUUCCCAGCUUUCCUUGGAGUCAUCCCAUCAGCUCUGCUUCUAGUGCCUGAACUGGACUAAUUACAACUCCUCACCAAUAGGAAAUUGUGGGAUGUGAAAAGGAAAGAGAAGGGAAAAUAGAGAAUCUAGUGGUCUACCCAGCUUCCAGAGUUUGGCAGCUUUCUCAAAGCUUGCCUGCUGUGAGGCUUGGCACUGGUAGAGGGCUGCCCCAGGGCUCUUGAAAUCUCCCGUGAUCUGUGUGAGGUUGGGACACUCCCCAAAGCAGCUGUGUUUUGCCAUCAGGAGUGAAAUGGAUUGUCACAGUGGUUUUCUGCAUCGAGGGUGGGAUACUUCUCCAUAAGGCAUCUCAGUCAAACCACCACCACCACCAAAUUCAAAUAAAGUGUUUAAACAAGGA